UCUCUCUUUCUCUCUCAAAUUCUCCUCAUCCUCCAUCCUCCAUCAACUCGAUCCUUCUUCUUCUUCUUGAUUUGCCCUUUCCGUUUUUAUAGCUUGUGAUCCAAGAAAACGAGGUUGACAGAAUGCGGAUGAGUUGCAACGGCUGCAGGGUCCUCCGCAAGGGCUGCAGCGACGACUGCAGUAUCCGCCCCUGCCUUCACUGGAUCAAGAGCUCCGACUCCCAAGCCCACGCCACCGUCUUCCUCGCCAAGUUCUACGGCCGCGCUGGCCUCCUCAACCUCCUCAACGCCGGCCCCGACCACCUCCGCCCUGCGAUCUUUAGGUCCUUGCUCUACGAAGCUUGCGGUCGGAUCGUCAACCCGAUAUACGGCUCCGUCGGCCUCCUCUGGUCCGGGAGCUGGCAUCUCUGCCAGGCCGCCGUCGAAGCCGUCCUCAAGGGCUUGCCCAUCACCCCCGUCGCCUCCGAAGCCGCGGCCACCAGCCACGCCCCGCCGUCCAAUGUCUACGACAUCCGCCACGUCUCCAAGGGCGAGACCCCUCCCGAUCUCCACCGCGUCAGGGCUCGCUGCCGGUUCAAGCGAUCUGGUGCCAAGGCUAGGUCGCCGCCCCCGACGGCGGCUUGCUUGGAGUUGGCGCCGGUUCACGACGAGGCCCCGAAGUGCUCCGACGACGGGCCCAACCGGUCGACGAGUCACGAGUCGUCGCUGAGCCACCAGUCCGAGGUGGUCGCGCCGGCGGCCAACGCGGAAGGCGACAGCAAGGAGACGCUGAGCGCGGCGUCCCAGGAGACGGCCGAGCCGCCGCUGCUGUUCAGAGCCGCCGAGCGGGAGCCGGACGAUCGCCGGCCGGGUGGGGGCGAGGAGGUCGGGCUGGAGCUGACCUUGGGGCUUGAGCCCGUGGCACGUGCCAAUCACGUGGUCCCGGUGAAGAAGAGGAGGUUCGAGAAUAGCGGGGCGAGCGGCAAGAUGGAGUUGGGCCUGGAGUGCUCGGCCCGUUUAGGUGGAAGCCCAAUUUGAUUGCGCAAAGGAAGAAGUCAGCGGCGAGCAGUUUUGACUCCGGACGGCUCUGUUAAUUCUAAUUGGCCGAGUUUCCUUUUUCUUUUUUCUUUUUUACCCCUUAACUUUUGUUUUUUUUUUUUUUUUUGCCCUUUUUUUUUUUUUUCUCCUGUUUUUUGGGAGGGGAAUUUUUAGCUUGUUGAGAAGUGAGUGAGGUGUACAAAUGCAAAA